CGAGUCCUGGGGCGGGGCCAAGAGCGGAAAUGGGUGUGACCAGGACCGGAGCCCAGUGGGCCCGUCGAGGGAAAAUACCGGGGAGUGGGAUCCGUGGAGUUAGGAGUAAUGAUCCCCCCACAGGAGGCUUCCGCCCGGCGGCGGGAGAUUGAGGACAAGCUGAAGCAGGAGGAGGAGACGCUGUCCUUCAUCCGGGACAGCCUGGAGAAGAGCGACCAGCUGACCAAGAACAUGGUGUCUAUCCUAUCAUCCUUUGAGAGCCGUCUCAUGAAGCUGGAAAACUCCAUCAUCCCUGUGCACAAGCAGACAGAGAAUUUGCAGCGGCUGCAGGAGAAUGUUGAGAAGACGUUGUCCUGCCUGGACCAUGUCAUCAGCUACUACCACGUGGCCAGUGACACUGAGAAGAUCAUCAGGGAAGGCCCCACAGGUAGGCUGGAAGAGUACCUGGGAAGCAUGGCCAAGAUUCAGAAGGCUGUGGAGUAUUUCCAGGACAACAGCCCAGACAGCCCAGAGCUCAACAAAGUGAAGCUGCUGUUUGAACGGGGAAAGGAGUCGCUGGAGUCUGAGUUCCGAAGCUUGAUGACUCGGCACAGUAAGGUCGUCUCCCCUGUGCUCAUCCUGGAUCUAAUCAGUCCCGAUGAUGAGCUGGAGGUCCAGGAGGAUGUGGCCCUGGAGCACCUGCCAGAGAGUGUCCUCCAGGAUGUGAUCCGCAUCUCCCGCUGGCUGGUGGAAUAUGGCCGCAACCAAGAUUUCAUGAAUGUCUACUACCAGAUUCGCUCCAGCCAGCUGGACCGCUCCAUCAAGGGCCUGAGGGAGCAUUUCCGGAAGAGCAGUUCUUCCUCUGGGGUUCCUUACUCCCCUGCUAUCCCUAACAAGAGGAAAGACACACCCACCAAGAAGCCAGUCAAGCGGCCAGGGACGAUCCGUAAGGCUCAGAACCUUCUGAAACAGUAUUCCCAGCAUGGUCUAGAUGGGAAAAAGGGGGGCUCUAACCUCAUUCCUCUGGAAGGUCACGAGCAUGAUUUCCGAGUUAAGCACCUGUCUGAGGCCCCGAACGACAAGCACGGGCCACUGGCUGGGAGAGAUGACAUGCUGGAUGUGGAGACCGAUGCCUAUAUCCACUGCGUCAGUGCCUUUGUCAAACUGGCCCAGAGCGAGUACCAGUUGCUGGCUGACAUCAUCCCUGAGCACCAUCAGAAGAAGACCUUUGACUCCCUGAUACAGGACGCGCUGGAUGGGCUGAUGCUCGAGGGUGAGAACAUUGUGUCUGCUGCCCGGAAGGCCAUUAUCCGGCAUGACUUCUCCACGGUGCUCACCGUCUUCCCCAUCUUGCGGCACCUUAAGCAGACCAAGCCUGAGUUUGACCAGGUGCUUCAGGGCACUGCUGCCAGUACCAAGAACAAGCUGCCCAACCUCAUCACCUCCAUGGAAACCAUAGGAGCCAAAGCGCUGGAGGACUUUGCAGACAACAUCAAGAAUGACCCAGACAAGGAGUACAAUAUGCCCAAGGACGGCACUGUGCACGAGCUCACAAGCAAUGCCAUCCUCUUCCUGCAGCAGCUUCUGGACUUCCAGGAAACAGCUGGCGCCAUGCUGGCCUCCCAAGAGACUAGUUCUUCAGCCACCAGCUAUAGCUCUGAGUUCAGCAAGCGACUGCUGAGCACCUAUAUCUGUAAAGUCCUGGGCAACCUGCAGUUAAACUUGUUGAGCAAGUCCAAGGUGUAUGAGGACCCAGCUCUUAGUGCCAUCUUCCUGCACAACAACUAUAACUACAUCCUCAAGUCCCUGGAAAAGUCUGAGUUGAUCCAGCUGGUGGCUGUGACCCAGAAGACUGCUGAGCGCUCCUACCGGGAACACAUCGAGCACCAGAUCCAGACCUACCAGCGCAGUUGGUUAAAGGUGAUCGAUUACAUCGCAGAGAAGAAUCUACCUGUGUUCCAACCGGGAGUCAAGCUCCGGGACAAGGAACGGCAAAUGAUCAAGGAACGCUUCAAGGGCUUCAAUGAUGGCCUUGAAGAGUUGUGCAAGAUCCAGAAGGCCUGGGCUAUUCCAGACACAGAACAAAGGGACAAGAUUCGCCAGGCUCAGAAAAACAUUGUCAAAAAGACCUAUGGGGACUUUCUGGACAGUGCCUGGUCAGGUUUGGCAAUGUGUCCUUCACCAAGAACCCUGACAAGUAUAUCAAGUACCAAGUGGAACAGGUGGGCGACAUGAUCGAUCGUCUUUUCGACACCUCAGCCUGAGCCCGCUCCCAUCCCUGCCUGGUUCCACCAGACUAACCAUGUCAUUGAACAGAUAAAUCAGUGUUAACUUGC